ACGGAACGGAUUAGAGUAGAGAGGGUGAGGUAGGUCAUGGUGUAGGUGCAGCUGCCGGACGGUUCGAUCGAUAUUUGGUUCGGGUAUUCCCUGUACGCAACGUCCCGUCCCUAACAGUAAGUUGGUCAUAAACAUGGAUAGCAUUUCCCUCCGGUGCUCACCGACGGGCACCCUCGUGCUCGUGGCUGUGAUGAUGUCCCUGCUGAGCUCCAUCGUCGCCGACGGCGCCGAGGGCGCCAACGGCACCGACCCGGCUUUCACGACCAAGGAUAACACCACCUCCACGGAGCAUGGACAUGGACCACUGAUGAAUGCACUCAUUGGUUUCCUAUACAUGCUACCUAGCUGGUCCGCCAAAACAUGUCGAGAAGACCCUCUUGAAUGUAACGCGCUGGUCUGGUUUCCCUGCUAUUUAUAUGUUGCCUUAAUAGCCCUAUCAGGCGCCUUUGCUUGUGUUUUGAUUCUGCCGUGCCUCUUCCGAGCUUGUGGGUUUGGUGAAAUUGGCGUUUCAGCUGGCAGCUAUGCGGCAGUUUUUCAGAGUGAGCAUGGGACACCAUGUUGCUUUCGAACAGCUCAAAGUUUAAGUAUGAGGGGGACCCCAUGCUGGGCCCGACUUAUCUUCAGCAUUGUAGGACUGACAGUGGGUGGUUUACUUUCCUAUUAUUGGCUCCCAGCUUGCAGUGUUCAAGCAGGAAACUCCUCAAGUGCAACGAACAUUACUUCAGUGAAUGAAACCUUAGCUAGAAUUUUUUCAGCUAAUACUACUACGGAGCUAUCUUAAACAAUUCUGUUAUAUAACCUGACUGAUAAGUUAAGCUCACUCUUAUUUAUUACUGUACCCGGACAAAAGAUUAUGCCUAGUCUUUACUUCUUUAUGAUUGCUAUAUGUACUUAAACAAUAAUUUUGUGUUCUUAAAAUAAUAAAUGACAAUUUUGUGCUCCUGAAAUAAACCAUAAUUUUGUGUUCUUGAAUUAAACGAUAAUUUUGUAA